CGACUCUGUAAGUCUUCUGCUUUCUUCUCUCUCUUCUAUUUCGCAACACUACAUAACUAGGUACCUACCAAGCGCAUUUCGUUGCACGCAUCAACCCUUCUUGCGACAUGAUAACGUAACUCCAACGCCAAAAUCCAUUUUCAUUUCUUCUUCUUUUCCUCUUUCCUAUGUCAAUACAAGCCCGGUCUCCAGGCGAGGGAUCAGUGUACCCACCCUUGAUUCCACCGACUCCUACAUCCUUCUUGGACACGUCGACCUGGGCCAACUAUGAUUCAAAGUCCAAAACUACCUUUGAGACCGUAACCAAGUCCUGUGAAUGCUUCUACCCAACAUGGACGACCACCAAAUAUCCUCACACUACUACAUCCGCGGCCGCGGUCCUCCCACCCCCCAAUCAUGAUGAUUCUGGGCUUGCCCCCGGUGUGGUCGGUGGGAUUGUCAUCGGUGCCUUCUUUGGCUUGGUCCUCCUGAUCCUCCUUUGCAUAUUCUGUUGCCGCGCCGCUCGAUCAAGACGACGAUAUGACGACCUUUCACCUGCCUCAUCUCCGUCGCCGCGCCGUCGGAGACCUCGGCCUCACAACCCGUAUCCUAAUCGACCCCAGGCCAACUUGACCUUUGUUGGUGGUGGCAAUCGCAGGGAAACAAAAGUCGUCAUGACCCAAAGUUCCCGUUACUUCGUCCGUCCCCCUCCAAACGUCAUGCUGUCGAGGCCUGCCCCCAGGCCGCCACCUCCAAUCAAAGAGACCAGGCGCGUGACCUCGCGCAAGGAGAGAAUUGUGGUUGUGUGAGCCUGGGUCUGUCGCCAGCUUUGACAUGUGUAUAUGGAUGUGGUGGUGUGGUUUAAUUUGGAAAUAACAGGUGUUUAUGAGAAUUAUGCAUGUACAGAUGAACAACAGACACGCAAUGGGGGAUCGCAAUGAUCAAGGGAUAUGAGGGUCGGGGAGCUGAUGAUGAGUACGAACUCUUGGUUGGAUAUGGGACUACGAAUAGUAUAUAUGGGAUGGGAUUGUAGUGUCACGAGUUCAUAGUAUUUAUGUUACAGAUGAGAAUCAAAGCUCGGCAUCUUCAAAUCAUUCGGG